GGUAAUAUUAACAAUUUUAUAUUUAAUUGUAGAUUUGUUUAUUAAGAAGUUAGGUUAGGUUAGGUUAUUUCUUUUGCUGUCUAUAUAAUAACGACAAAAUCCAUAAUGAAUAGAACACACAAAUAUAAAGUAUAUUCAAAGAGUCAUCUCAGGCGUUUAGCUAGGUUAGAGGCAGAUUCUUUUAGUAAAAGAUCAGAGGCACGACAAAUCUUGUCUUGUAGUAGUGCCAGUUCAAUGAAUGUAGAAUGUAAUAAAUCAGAGGCACGACAAAUCUUGCCUUGUAGUAGUGCCAGUUCAAUGAAUGUAGAAUGUAAUGAAGAAAUUACUACAGAGACGAGAAAUGAUGAUAACAUUGCUUACGUAUUACCAAAUCAAGACAAUGAUAAUUACGAUGAUGCAUUGCAGCCAAAUUUCAUUGAUAAUGAACAAUUAUUACCCGAGCCUAUAGAAGUAAUAAGUACAGACGGUGAUAAUAACUUUUAUUCGAGUAAUGAAUCAUUAAAUGAAAACGCAGAUAACAAUUUCAAAAAAUCUAUAGCUGAGUGGGCAAUAAAAUAUGGAAUCACGCACUCUGCGCUGAUAGCACUUUUGGAAAUUUUAAAUAUUUGUACAAACGUUACGUUUCCAAAGGAUCCUAGAACUCUUUUACAAACUCCUAGAAGUACUGAUAUUAUUAAAAUGGACAAUGGUCAAUAUUGUCAUUUUGAUAUUAAAAAUAUUGUAAAAAAAAUGAUAACUGAAAUAAGAACAAGUGGUAUGAAUAUUACAAUACUAAAUUUGUUAAUAAAUAUUGAUGGUAUGUCUAUAUCUCGGUCCUCAAAUGGUUGCUUUUGGCCUAUCCUUGUAUCAGAAAAUGUGUGUGGUAGUGUAUAUGUUGCAGGACUAUAUUAUGGAUAUACAAAACCAAAAAAUCCCAAUGAGUUUUUAAAAAGAUUUGUAGCUGAUAUAAAACCAUUAAUAACAACAGGAAUUAUUGACAAUGGAAUAACAGUGAAAGUAAAUUUAAGUGCAUUGAUAUGUGAUACACCAGCAAAAUCAUUUAUUCUUUCAGUGAAAAGCCAUACAGGAUUUUUUAGUUGCACAAAAUGUACCAUAAGAGGUGAAUGGCAUGGACGUGUAUGUUUUCCUGAAAUAAAUGAAAACAUCCCUUUACGAACUGAUUCAGAAUUUGCAAAUAAUAAAUAUAUGGGAGAAUAUCAGCAAAAGGAAUGCAUAUUAAAAGAAGUAGAAAAUUUUGGAUUAGUUUCUUGUGUGCCCUUUGAUUAUAUGCAUUUAAUAUGUUUAGGGGUGAUGCGAAAAUUAAUAAGUUUAUGGUUAAAACAUCAAUUUCCAAGAAGAAUAACCUUCUGUGAACGAAUUUCUCAACUGCUUAAAAACAUAAGAUCAACAGUUCCAUCAGAAUUUAAUAGAAGACCUAGAUCUCUGAAAGAUUACAAGCAAUGGAAAGCUACAGAAUUUAGAACUUUUCUUUUAUACUUAGGGCCUGUUGUUUUAAAAGAUAUAUUAGACAAAAACAUGUAUAAUAAUUUUUUAACGCUUCACGUUGCUAUUUCGAUUUUGAUAAAUCAAGUUUUUUGUAAGGAAGCAGAUUAUUUAGAUUACGCUGAAAAUCUAUUGAAGCACUUUGUUCGUUCUUUUAUAAAACUAUAUGGUAAAGCACAUGCAUCUCACAAUAUACAUAAUUUAUUACAUCUUGUCGCAGACGUUAGAAAAUUUGGAAUAUUAGAUAACUUUAGUUGCUUCAGAUUUGAAAAUUAUAUGUCGACAAUUAAAAAACUAUUGAGAAAAGGAGACAAGCCAUUGCAACAAUUUUCAAGAAGACUUGGCGAAAUAGAAAAUGUAAAUAUAUCUGCAAAAACAAGAGGCUCUGAAUUGGUUUUAAGAAAUAAACACUUUGAUGGGCCUUUGCACCAAAAUUUUAAUAUUAAAGGCCAAUACAAAAAUUUAUGUAACUCAUUAUUUACGAUCCACUGCGGUGAUAAAAGAAAUAAUUGUUGCAUUUUAGAAAACGGAGACUAUAUAGAAGUGGAAAACAUUAUUCAAUGUGAAGAUGAAAUAAUAUUUGUUAUUGGGAAAAAAAUGUUGAACAUAGAAAAUUUAUAUGACCUACCUAUAAAGUCUUCACUUUUACAAAUAAAUAUUGUAAAUAAAAAUAAUGAAAAUCAAACUUUAAAUGCAUGGCCCAUUAAUAACGUGGUAACAAAAGCUUGGAAAAUUCCGUACGGCGAACAGUUUGUCGUAUUUCCCUUAAUACAUACAUAAUUCUUAAAUUCGCGU